AUGUCAUGGGCAGACAGGCCCAAGAGAGAGCAGCAGUCAUUGCUGAGGUUGCUUGGGCUGCGAGCAGCUGCCGCCAUCAACGGGAAUCAAACUCAAGCCCAGCAAGCUCAGGCUCAACCAAUGGUAGCAGCUAGACCAAUGCACCAGUUGGUGGAGCAGUUUCUUAAGCUGAAACCGCCCAAGUUCACGGGCAGAGGUGACCCAGAAAUCACCCCACGUUGGGUGGAGGAAUUGGAGAAAGCGUUUGACUUGUUGGGGUGUACUGAGGCCGAAAAGAUUUCGUUGGUGACUUAUCAGUUGCAAGACAAUGCCAACGACUGGUGGAAGGCAGUUAGGGAUAGAGUAUUCCCAGAGGGUAUGGAACAGACCUGGGCAAUAUUUGUUGAGCAUUUCUAUGGACAAUAUUUCUCAGAGAGUGCCCAGGAGAAGAAGAUGGCGGAGUUCAUGAGACUUCGUCAGGGGUCGAUGACAGUAGUUCAGUACGAAGCAGAGUUCGCAAGACUAUCGAGAUUCGCCCCAAGGAUGGUUGAGAAUCCACUGGAUAAGGCUCGAAGAUUCCGGGAUGGACUGAAGCCGGAUCUUCGCACCCAGAUGCUUCUGCUGAAUAUCAGGGAUUAUAGAGAACUGUAUGAACGAGCCCAAACGAUGGAGAGAGAUCAGAUGGAAAGGGCCGCAGCAUCGGGUUCAAGGUUUAAUCAGAAUCGGGACAAUCGUCGCUUCGGAAAGAAACCGAUGACCGGCAAUAGACGAUUUGUUCCGCCACCGAGAAGGAAUAUAGGGAAACCCAGCCCGACACCGAAUAGAUUUGGGACUUGUUUUCGCUGCGGGAGCUUGGAGCAUCGAUUAAGAAUUGUCCCAAAGAACGACCUUUGGGACCCCCAGACAACAUCGGCAGCCCGAGUAGGAAAUCGGCCUGAAUCCCCACCGGCUAUUCGGGUGACCACCCGCACAAGGACGAGUAUACGCAAUGGCGCGUAA